AUGGCGUCCACAAGCCGCAUCCUUCAUGCUGGGCAGGCCGGUGCACGGCGACGGAGGCGGUGGUGUCUCCGUGGUGCUGGUCAGAGCAACAUCACAAGGCUCACGGCGCGGACAAUUCACAGCGCCGGAUACCACCUGCACCACGUCGAGCACCUAUCAAUUAUCGACGCGCCGAAGUUGGAGCAUAUCGUGGUCGAGGAUCUCUGCAAGAUGCCAAAUCUCAAGUCGUUUUUUAUAACGCAGGCGCCUCGGCUGCACAGGGUGGCCCCGUUGCCAGCUCUGCCCGAGCUCCGCACAUUCAUAAUCACCACGUCGGGUCUGCUGGAGGUACCCAAUCUGAGUCACGUACAUGACAACACCAAGGUCAACACCUCCUUACCUUACCUGCAAGCCAUCGACCUCGAGGGCAACCACAUCAAACGUAUUCCGCCACAUGCCCUGCGAGUCCGCGCUGAUCAAGUCUCCCUAAAUUACAAUUUGAUAGAAGAAGUGCCGGCGCACGCAUUCAAGAACGCUCAGAUUUCAAAAUUAAGCUUCCGAGGAAACGCGAAAUUGAAGAGGCUCGACGAUUUAGCGUUCGCUGGGAACCUUCUACUUCGCCAACUGGAUCUCAGCAGCACAUCCAUUACGUCCCUUCCGACGAAAGGCCUUGAGAAACUGGAGACAUUGAGAAUAGAGAAGACUCCCUCCUUGAAAUACAUUCCAUCUAUUUAUGAAUUUCAGCAUUUGCAGAAGGCGUUCUUGACGCACCACUUCCAUUGCUGCGCCUUCGCGUUCCCCGAAAGGCACAAUCCUGCACGCCACGCGUUGUAUGAGACGCAGAAGGCGUUGAUGGCUAAGAGGUGUCAGCAGCUGACGGCCGAACAGAGGCGUAAGAGAUCUCCCAACUCUAACAAAGUCUACAAGUUCGGCGUCGAGGAUGCUCAAGACCGGCCAACGAAUAGUGAUGUGCUCAGGGGCGCGGCGGAGGCCGAAGACUCGGCCGCCACCAGCGAGGAGUACACCCUCACCGACUCGGAGUACUUCUCCGACUCUGGCAGCUUCGAGGACGACGACGAGGGCUUCCACGAGCUGGUGAACAGCACGCUGUCGCGCGGCGUCACCUACGUGGCGGCGUGCGGCAACUUGAGCGCCGGGCGCCGCCGAGUCGAGUGCACCCCGCUGCCGGACGCGCUGAACCCGUGCGAGGACGUGAUGGGCUGGCCGUGGCUGCGCGCCAGCGUGUGGUUCGUCAUCGCCGCGGCGGUGGUCGGCAACGUGGCCGUGCUGCUCGUGCUGCUCGCGAACCACGCGGAGCUGACUGUACCGCGCUUCCUCAUGUGCCACCUCGCGUUCUCGGACCUGUGCACCGGACUGUACCUCGCGAUGAUCGCGGUCGUCGACCUGCGCUCGUACGGCGAGUUCUUCAACUACGCGUACGGCUGGCAGUACGGAGCCGGUUGCAAGGUCGCCGGCUUCCUAUCGGUCUUCUCCGGCCAGCUCUCCGUUUUCACGUUGACGAUCGUCACGCUGGAGAGGUGGUUCGCGAUAACGUACGCGAUAUACCUCGAGAGGAGGAUCUCUUUAGCCGCCGCGGCGAGGAUCAUGGCGGGCGGGUGGCUGUUCUCGCUGCUGAUGGCGGGGCUGCCGCUGCUCGGCGUCUCCGACUACUCGUCCACGUCCAUCUGCCUGCCGGUGGAGAGCGUCGGCGUGGGCGACGCCGUCUACCAGGGCUCGCUGUUCCUCACCAACGCGGUGGCGUGGGUGACGAUCGUGGUGUGCUACGUGCAGAUAUACCGCUCGCUCGGCGGCGGGGGCGAGUGCUACGGCGGGAGGGGGGCGGCGGCGGCGGCCGAGCGUCGGAUCGCGAACAAGAUGGCGCUGCUCGUCGGAACGGACCUGCUGUGCUGGGCGCCGGUCGCCUUCUUCGGGGUGACGGCCCUGGCCGGCGCGCCGCUGGUGGACGUGAGCCACGGGAAGGUGCUCCUGGUGUUCUUCUACCCGCUGAACGCGUGCGCGAACCCGUUCCUGUACGCGAUCCUCACCAAGCAGUACCGCCGCGACCUGAUAACCCUCGUCGCGAGGACCGGGCGGUGCAACUGGCUGAUCGAGAAGUACAAGCUGGCCGCGACGCCGCCGCCCACCGCGCACACGAACCCCUCCGCCCCCGCGCCCCUGCUGCCCCUCAUCGACUACAACCGCUCCCAGUCGCAGGUCAGCAAGGAGAACGGCGAAGUAGUGCUU